AUGUCUGCGGUUGAAACAACUUCGCCGCACCUCCGAGUGUCGGCAGCCAAGGCAUCCAGCAAAACACAACCAGAGUCCGCUAGAAUCCAGGCACCGGAAGCUUUGGUCGAGGACCAUUUUUUCUGGACAUAUACCGAAGAGCCGCAUCGCUCAAGACGGCAAGCAAUCAUCAAGGCCCAUCCGGAGGUUACCAAACUAUGUGGCCCUGAGCCUCUUACCAAAUGGGUCGUCCUCGGCGUCGUGUCCCUACAGCUCACCUGUGCCUAUCUCCUCCGCAACACCUCAAUACUCGAUUGGCGGUUCCUGGCCACGGCAUACGUGAUUGGCGCGACUUGCAACCAGAACCUGUUCCUCUCCAUUCAUGAGAUCUCUCAUAAUCUAGCAUUCCGGUCCGCUUUCGCCAACCGAUUGCUCGCCAUUUUCGCCAACCUCCCUAUCGGAGUACCGUACAGCGCAGCCUUCAGACCCUACCACUUGACGCACCACAAAUCCCUCGGUGUCACAGGUCUCGACACCGAUCUCCCCACAGCAGUCGAGGCCUUCUUCCUAGACUCCGUCCUAGGCAAGACCUUUUUCUGCACCUUCCAAAUCCUCUUCUAUGCCCUGCGCCCAAUGUUCAUCUACAGCCCACCCUUCACCUACAUCCACCUCCUGAACAUAGCCGUCCAAGUAAGCUUCGACUACGCCCUUACCAAACUAUGCGGCGGCAGCCUCCAACCAGUGCUAUACUUCAUAAUGAGCUCAUUCCUCGCCGGCUCCUUGCACCCCUGUGCGGGUCACUUUAUCGCAGAGCACUACUUCUUCUCCAAUGUGAAGGGCGGCGGCACAGAGUCUUUGACCGAACUGAAGAAGAACGAGAAGUCCAAGGCCCCGCACCCGCUGGACUCCCUGCCUCCCCCAGAGACAUACUCGUACUAUGGCCCGCUCAAUAUCCUCACUUACAAUGUCGGCUUGCAUAACGAGCACCAUGAUUUCCCGGCUAUCCCCUGGACCAAAUUGUACAAGCUACAUGAAAUUGCGAGCGAGUUCUAUGAGCCGCUGCCUUGCCACCGAAGCUGGGUUUGGGUGAUUUGGACUUUCAUCUUGGAUAAGAAUGUUGGACCGUGGUGUCGCGUGAAGCGUGCACAGGGUGGACAGAUCGUUGGUGGUGGGAAGCGCUGGAAUGGACGUGGUGGUGAGGGCAUCUCGGCUGCGUCGGCGGGUCCGGCGGGCGAAGAGGGCGAUGGGUGGAAGGAGAGCGAGAUUCAAUGUUAG